AUGUCGGUUACAUUUUAUCAUCCGUUUGUUUUUAUUUUGACUUUUGUCAGUUAUGCAUUCUUCCAUGCUUCAAGAAAAACAUUUAGUAAUGUAAAAACCACCAUAUCUGAUGAAUGGACACCAAGUUUUUCUAAUUCUACUGUCAAUGAAACAUUACCUAAUCAGACAUGGAAUAAACAUAAGUUAUUUGAUAAUGGAAAAGAUGCUGAAUUAUUUCUGGGAGUGUUGGAUGCCACCUUUCUUACCUCCUAUGCAGUAGGUUUAUACAUAAGUGGAAUGGUUGGAGACAGAUUUGAUAUGAGAAAGAUUUUAUGUUUUGGAAUGUGUUCAACAGCUGUCAUAGUAUUUAUAUUUGGAUGUGUAUUAGAAUGGGUAGAGUUUUAUAAUAAAUAUGUUUAUGUUUUAUUAUGGAUUAUAAAUGGUUUAUUACAAUCUACUGGUUGGCCAACUGUUGUAGCUGUUAUGGGAUAUUGGUUUGGUAAAUCUAGUCGAGGUCUGGUUUUAGGAUUAUGGAGUGCCUGUGCAUCUGUUGGUAAUAUAAUAGGAUCAUUGAUGGUAUCAUCUGUAUUAGAUUAUGGUUUUGAUUAUGCCUUCCUAUUAACAUGUAGUGUAUUAUUUGGUGGUGGCAUUGUGAUAUUUUUUGGUUUAGUUAGUACUCCAUCAGAAGUUGGAUUAAGGUAUAACAGGGAAGGAAAGUUAGUAAAAUCAACAAUUAUAGUCAAUGAAACAAUAUCAAGUAAUGAUAGAAGUGUAGAAACAGAUGAAAUCAGUGCUCCCCUGAUUGAAGAAGAAGAGUUAAAUAAGGAAGAAGAAGAAAUUGUCAUACAAAUUGAGCCCAGAGCUUUAAGUUUAUGUCAAGCAUUGUUGUUACCUGGAGUUAUUUUAUAUUCAUUAGCCUAUGCUUUUUUAAAACUUGUGAAUUAUUCCUUUUUCUUCUGGUUACCAUAUUAUUUAUCUAAUGCUCAUCAUAUGGCAGAAUCCCAGUCUGAUGCUAUUUCUAUAUGGUAUGAUGUUGGGGGAAUAAUAGGGGGAACAAUAGCCGGCUUUAUUUCUGAUUUGACAGGAAGAAGAGCAGUCGUUGUUAUUCCUAUGUUAAUAUUAUCUGUACCUGCUUUAUUUAUAUAUGGAAAUUUUACUGGAGGUUAUACUAUUAAUGCUGUGUUAAUGGCAGUUACAGGAUUUUUUGUUGGAGGUGUAGCAAAUUUGAUCAGUGCUGCUAUAUCUGCAGAUUUAGGACAGCAAGGCCCAAUAAAAGAUAAUAGUAAAGCAUUAGCUACUGUAACUGGUAUAGUUGAUGGAACAGGUAGUGCUGGUGCUGCUAUUGGUCAGAUAUUAGUACCUGUUAUACAGAAAAGUCAAGGGUGGAAAUCUGUUUUUGUAUUAUUUAUGAUAGCUAUUGCUCUCACAGCAUUAUGUGUUCUACCUAUAUUUAUAAAUGAAGUGAAAGAUAUAUAUUCUAAAUAUAGAUAUUCAUGGUUUACUGGCUUAAAAAUAGAAACAUUUGCUGAUAGAAGAAAUAUAGAAGAUGAUUCUACAACAAAUAGGCACAUUGAAUAAUAUAAAAGGCAACAACAAUAUAAAUGGCAACUAGACACAAUACUCUCUUUUUAGUGGACUAAAAUGUUUUUUUUUAAUAACGUAUAAUAGCGUAAUUGAUGUGAAUUUCAGUCAUAAAUAAACAAACCAUUCCAGCAAAGAUGGUUGCGCACAUUGGAAAAUGAUUCCUCUAAACACGAGCCUAGGGUAAAAUAAAUAAGAAUUUGGAUUUUCU